AUGUCCACCGAGCGUCGCAUCAAGACCCUGAAAGCAAGGCAGAAGAGCCUUAUCACAUCGUUCGAACUCGCCGUGCAUUUUGUAGAGGGAUUUAAGGAAGACACCGAUUGCCACGAAGUCCCCGUGAGGUUAGAACACCUCAUAACGAUUUGGAAUGAUUUUAACACAGUCCAAGGAGAGCUAGAGACGCUGGAUGAUAGUCACAUUGAGGCUCAUCUGAAGGACCGUAUCGCCUUCGAGACCGCAUACUUCAAAGCAAAAGGGUUCCUUCUAUCGGUGAAUAAAGUAGCAUCUACGCCUCCGUCUCCGAGUACUCAAUCACAUCUGCAAACCUUCUCUACGUCCCACGUGCGUCUGCCAGAUAUUAAACUACCUGUGUUUGAUGGUGCCCUCGACCGCUGGCUUAAUUUCCACGACCUGUUCAUCUCUCUGGUUCAUUCAUCUCACGAGCUUUCAAACAUACAAAAGUUUUAUUAUCUGCGUUCUUCGCUCACCGGGGAAGCUCUGAAAUUGGUACAGACGAUCGCGAUUUCGGCCAACAACUACAUGGUAGCUUGGAAUCUCCUGCUAGACCACUAUCAGAACACCACCAGGCUGAAACAAUCGUACAUAGACUCGCUCUUUGAAUUUCCAUCGAUUAAACGGGAAUCAGCGACUGAACUUCACUCUUUGGUAGAAAACUUCGAAGCCACCGUGAAAAUACUCAAGAAGCUCGGUGAGAAGACGGAAUAUUGGGAUCUUAUGCUCAUUCGAAUGUUGAGCAUUCGACUCGACGCGACUACACGGAGAGAUUGGGAAGAGUAUUGCUCCACUAAGGACGUUGUCACGUUUCAGGAUCUCACAGUCUUUAUCCAACGUCGCGUUACCGUUCUGCAAACGAUCGGUAAAUCCCCAGAAUCUUCAACAGCAAAUCAUACAAAGAAACCGGUUUCACGGCCAGUCGCCAGCCACGGAGCAGCCCAGACCAAUGUUAGAAAGUGCUUAGUGUGCUCCGACAAUCAUCCAUUGUACAUGUGCGCUACGUUUUUCAAAAUGUCACUCGACGAUAAGGAAAAGGAGGUUCGCCGGCAUCAGCUGUGUAGGAACUGCCUGCGUAAGGGCCAUCAUGCAAGAGACUGUUCGUCUUCGAGCACAUGCCGAAAAUGCAGAGGUCAUCACCACACACAACUCUGCUCUCAGUCAGGAUCCAGUUCAUUCAAGGCGAGCUCGGAAUCAUCUCCGCCCAAGGACAAAUCUACUCAGCCCGCAAACGAUCAACAAUCAUCGCCAUCGGUUUCGGCAGCGAUCACGGAAAUAGCCAGUCACGCUUCUGCUGAAGAGCGACCAAAAUUAGUCUUGCUCGCUACUGCAGUCAUACUUGUUGUCGAUGACAACGGGCGAGAACAUCCAGCCAAAGCUCUGCUCGACCCUGGCAGCGAAUGCUCUUUCGUAACAGAAUCGUUCUCUCAGCUGAUCAAGGCACGGCGCCGAAAAGUUCAUCUACCGAUCUCCGGCAUUGGCCAAUCUGCUGCAAGGGCGCGCAGCAUAGUUUUUACCAACAUCCGUUCAAGAGUUAGUGAUUACAGUGCCUCUGUAGAACUUCUAGUCAUGCCAAAGGUGACCAUCGAUUUGCCGUCAUCAUCUUUCGAUGUGUCAACCUGGAAGAUUCCUCCAAAAGUCCAGUUAGCGGAUCCUGCUUUUUACAAAACCAGUCCCAUCGAUAUCGUUCUGGGAGCUCAGCUAUUUUUCGAUCUUUUCAACACGAGCGACAGAAUCGACCUCGGGCACAACCUUCCCGCCCUCGUCAGUUCAGUAUUCGGAUGGGUAGUCACUGGAAGAAGCGCACCCACUCAAUCGUCAUCUCCCAUAGUGGUUAACAUCGCCACAGUCGCAGAUUUACACCAGCUCGUGGAAAGAUUUUGGUGUAUUGAGGAAGACUCCAAGAUGCCAUGCCACUCUAUUGAGGAAGCCGCAUGUGAGGAGCAUUUCCAGAAAACGGUCACUCGGAACACUGAAGGCCGUUAUAUCGUUCGCUUACCGGUGAAGGAAACAAUUCUCAACAACCUAGGUGACAACCGUCGUACAGCCAUUCGACGAUUUCGACUGCUCAAAAGUAAGCUAACUGCCAACGAGAACCUGCAAGGGCAGUACUGUGCAUUUAUGGAUGAGUAUCUUGCACUGCAUCAUAUGGAACGCAUCCAGGACUACCAUCUCCCCCUCGAACGAGUUUACCAUCUCCCACAUCAUGCAAUAAUCAGGGAAGAAAGCACCACGACGAAAGUGCGCGUCGUCUUCGAUGCCUCUUGCAGGACGACAAAUGGACCAUCGUUAAACGACGCCCUGAUGGUUGGACCAAUCCUACAACAGGAUCUACGUGCGAUACUAAUGCGCUCACGUGUGCAUCCCGUUAUGAUUGUUGCAGACGCCAAGCAAAUGUACCGCCAAAUUUUAGUUGAUGCCCGCGACACAUCCCUACAGCGUAUUGUUUGGAGAAAAGUACCGGAUGCCCCCUUGGAGACAUUUGAACUCAAUACCGUGACAUACGGCACAGCCUGUGCCCCCUUUCUUGCCACACGGGUGUUGAAACAACUGGCAGAUGACGAGCGAAAUGGAUUUCCCGAGGCUGCCGAGGUUCUGACUAACGACUUCUACGUCGACGAUUUAAUCUCCGGAGCAAAUUCCAUAGAAGAUACCGUCAACCUCCGGAAACAGUUGGACACACUACUAAGUAGAGGUGGAUUCCAAUUACGGAAGUGGGCAUCCAACGAACCCAACGCAGUUGCUGAUGUUCCCGCAGAGAAUUUAGCUAUGCAACCAACAUUGGAAUUUGAUCGCGAUCAGUGCCUCAAAACACUUGGUCUGCACUGGGAACCUCUAACGGACCGUCUACGGUACAAGGUUCAACUCCCAGAAGAACAUAACGAUGAACCACCUACGAAACGAACUGCUUUAUCCUAUAUCGCUCGAUUAUUUGACCCGCUGGGGCUUGUGGGCCCAGUGGUAACAACUGCUAAACUGUUUAUGCAGUCUCUUUGGAUGCUUCAAGACAACGGUAAGCCCUGGGGUUGGGACAAGGAGCUCCCAUUAUCCCUUCACGAACGUUGGCGAUCAUAUAAACAUCAGCUGCCUCUGCUGAACGAACUACGCAUUGAUCGUCACAUCUGCUGCCCAGCACCCAGGAAUGUGCAAUUGCAUAUAUUUUCAGAUGCAUCUGAAAGAGCGUAUGGCGCAUGUGCGUACAUUCGAUCAACGAAUCCAGACGGCAAGGUCAAAAUUGCCUUACUCACAUCCAGGUCGAAGGUCGCCCCGCUCAAACAGCAGAGCAUUCCACGACUUGAGCUGUGUGGAGCGCUUAUAGCAGCAGAAAUUCAUCAGAAGGUAAUCGUUGCUUUGCAACUUGAAAUGCAGACUUUUUUCUGGGUCGAUUCCACCACUGUACUCAGUUGGUUGAAAUGUAAUCCAUCAACCUGGACGACCUUUGUGGCGAACAGAGUAUCGAAGAUACAAUUGGCCACCGAGAACUGCAGCUGGAACCAUGUUGCAGGUCAAGUAAACCCUGCGGAUAUUCUUUCUCGCGGAGCCACCGCUGAAGCACUUCUGGGUAGCACUUUGUGGUGGAGUGGGCCGGUUUGGUUACAAAUGGAACCUGAUCAGUGGCCAAUCGAACAACACAGCACUCCCCAAACUCAUACCACUCUUCGAGAAACUAGAAGGGUACAAGUAGCAGCUCUCAACGUACAUCACAACCCAUCAUUCAUCGACGAAUUUGUUGCAACAUUUUCCAGCUAUCAACGCAUGCUACGGAUCACUUCCUACUGUAGGCGCUUUCUUCGAAACUGUCGCCGUGAAACCAGAAAAACAUUCAUCAAGAACGAAUCAUUCCUCCAAGCAGAAGAGAUCAAGGCAUCAGAAGGCAUUCUCAUCGCUCUAAUACAGCAGCAAACUUUUUCGCUCGAGUGGGCACAACUAAGUGAGAAACGACCACUUUCCACCAAAUCAAGACUCCGUUGGUUCAGCCCGUUCAUGUCCGACGAAGGCGUCAUUCGUAUUGGAGGUCGACUGAGCAAUGCACAACAGUCAUUUGACAGCAAGCAUCAAAUUCUGUUGCCAGCAAACCAUCCGUUUUCGUUUCUCCUGGUGAAACAAUUUCACGAACGAAACCUCCAUGCACAUCCACAACUUCUUCUCACCCUUCUGCGCAACCGCUACUGGAUCAUAGGGGCCAGGAGCUUGGCGAGAAGGGUAGUCCACACCUGCGUCGCUUGCUUCAGAGCUCAACCAAAGAAACUGGAACAGUUUAUGGGCGAUUUACCUCGAACUCGUGUAACAGCAUCCCGGCCAUUCGCAGUAACAGGAGUUGACUACUGGGGACCAUUACUUCUUCGACCAGUUAACCGACGAUCAGCAGCAAGGAAGGCUUAUGUAGCAGUUUUUGUGUGCUUUUGCACUAAAGCUGUGCAUAUCGAAUUAGUGGUGGAUCUAACUACAGCAAAGUUUAUGCAAGCAUUUCGACGAUUCACUUCCCGCCGAGGAUUUUGUUCGGAAAUAUACAGCGACAACGGUCGUAACUUUGUUGGCGCCUCCAAUGAACUGCGAAAUUUCCUACGCAGCAGCAACUACAAACAAGCAUUUGCCAUCGAAUGCACCAGCAACAACAUCAAAUGGCACUCUAAUCCGCCGAAGGCCUCCCAUUUUGGCGGUUUAUGGGAAUCUGCCAUUUCAUCAGCUAAGAAGCAUCUUUUUCGAGUCCUGGGGCAACACAAGCUAGACUACGACGACAUGGAGACGUUAUUAAUCCAAAUCGAAGGUUGCCUCAACUCCAGACCCAUCAUUCCUAUCAGCGACGAUCCGUCUGACCUCCAGCCGCUCACACCGGGACACUUCCUACUUGGAUCGCCCUUGAAAGCAGUUCCGGACGUGGAUUUAUCAUCCAUUCCGUUCAACCGACUCCACCGUUGGCAACAGGUUCAAAAAAUCGUGCAGGACGUGUGGAAACGAUGGAGCUCUGAGUACUUAUCAUCGCUGCAACCGCGCACAAAAUGGCUAAAGCCUCCGGUUGUUAUUGAAAAGGGUAGGCUGGUGAUACUUCGUGACGAAAAUUCUCCACCCACGCACUGGCCUACAGCACGAAUCACGGAUCUACACCCUGGAGCGGAUGAGAUCACACGGUGA